CGUGUAUCGGCUACGACAAAGUUACCGUCUGUUCACGCGGGCCAUUGUUUAUGGAUUUGCCCGACAUCGACAAGAGUCGGCGAGAUAAAUACGCGUAAGUGCGUAUACGCGUGCCGCGAACCCAGAAAACGUGACUCUCGCGAAUUGCCGGCGAACGUUUGCCAGGCAACCGUAAUUCCUUCGAUUCGAUUUAACCGGAGUACCAGUGGAAACGAGGCGACCAACAUUUUUGCCGCUCUAUGUGAGGUUAGCGUCGCGAGAAGUGGCCAAUAAGGAGAAACUUGAAUCGUCGCACGCACUCUAACAAAGACAGCGUAAUCGGCGAGCGUUCCAGAGAUAAAAGAAAAACUGUUUUGACGAAUGUAUUGGCUUGGCAACUAAGUGAUUGCGGGUUUUGCCAAUACUAUCCAAUGACAAAAUCCGCAAUCACAUAGUUGCCAACCCAAUAGAACUGCGGACGAUGAAACUUGGAAAGACCGGAUGAACAAGCUUCGCACCUCGUUCAACUAUUAAAACGAAUCCUGAAAAUUGGAGGAAUUUUCGCAUAACGCAAUUUCGUUGAUGUAUUUUUCUGAUUCGUCGCUGCUCCUGUUGACGAUACAAUUACGCUAGGCUACGGCGAUGGCACGCUCUUUCUACAAACCGGCUAGGAAAGGGGGUACAAUACCUAUAUAAAGCUUGAAUGAAGAUGCUCCCAGCUAUUCACUCUCACCUUUCUCACAAGCGUGUGCACGACGCAAAUCUUCCGCACGAAUCACGAGGGAAGAUCGGCUUCGUGUUCGUCUCCCGUCAAAAGGAUUUCGCUGCGAGGUUACAGAUAAAGAGGAUGAAGAAGAUCGCAGCGUUGCUGACCGUUGCUGGUCUCGUGGCCGUAGCCGUGUGCCAGGAAUACAUGCCAGGGGGACAUGCGUUGUUCGUGAGAACGUCAUCAUCCGCAGUCGCACACUCGAGAAUCCAGCGAGCUGCCCCGGUAUCGGCCGCAGACGUGAUGGCGCAAAAUAUCCUAGAGUGGAUUCAAGGGAUCUACCAACAGGGCGCACGUAAACCUCGUCAGCAGUCGGAUCCUCCAGGAUAUCUACCGCCGUAUAGCACACAAAGACCACCGGAGAAACCUCGACCUUUCCAAGCGCCCUCGACCAGCCAGCAACCAGCUUAUACGACUCCUACUCAGAACCAGGCGACGAAUUAUCCUUACCAGAGACCGUCACCGAACGUCGGUCCAUCAUCCGGUCAGUCGACCGUACAACCAUCGCAGUUCUCCACCCAAAGAUCGACGUAUCUUCCACCGAACAACCAAUCACCCUACGUACCAUCCUCUUACAAUCCUCGUCCUACCACGACACCGUCCUAUUCGAACACUGGCUCUUCCGCUUUCCCGCCGUAUAGCUCCACUCCUCAACAACCCUCCGCUGGAAUCUCGACCAGUUACGGUUACUCGACACCAGGCCUUACCACCAGUGCACCCGGUAGAUUCUCCACGCCUUCCGGUUUCUCCACUACUUAUGGCUAUUCGACUCAAAGGCCAAGUCCUACCUACGUGCCAUCCGCGCAAGGAUCAGCUUUUAACGAUGGAUAUACCAUAACCAACGGUUAUCCGACCGCUGGCGCCGGGGCCAAUUCCUACGAUCAAAGUGCCGCGGCUGGAUAUCCUUCCUCGCCGAGUAGCUACCCUUCCUCUACUCCUGGUGGAGCGUUCCCUCCUCAAAAUACCGGCAGUGCAACCGGCGGAACCAAUGUCGUGAAACCCCCUGGAACCUCCUCGACCGGAGUUGCAACCGGCCCUGGCGGAGAAGAAUCGAUCGCUUCUGGAACAGCCGAGGGAAACGCGGAAGACGAUGACUUGAAACACCCGCCGCAUAUUCACGCUCUCGAUGUCGAGUGCAGCAAGACUAUGAUGACUAUCAACAUCGAGUUCAAUCGCGUUUUUGACGGAGUCAUUUAUUCGAAGGGAUUCUUUACGAAUCCAGAUUGCAGGUACGUGGCACAGAAUUCCGGACAAACUCGAUAUUCGUUCACGUUGAGUCUAAAUUCCUGCGGCACCCAAUUCAUCAACGAUUUCGCGGGACAAGCUGGCCAAGCAUACUUGGAGAACGUACUCGUCUUACAGAACGAACCAGGUAUACAAGAAGUUUGGGACACGGUACGCAGAGUUCGUUGCCUCUGGGAAGGAAACAUCAAUAAAGCCCUGACGGUUAACUUCUCCGUGGACAUGUUGAAUCAAGAAAUAGUAACGUUCAGCGGUGACACAGCGAGCGCUAAGUUGGAUAUACAAGUGGGAAGGGGACCGUUCGCGCCUACUGCCGAUGGCCUCGUUAAGAUCGGAGAGACCAUGACUUUGGUCGUUUCCGUAGAAGGAGAUCCCGCCUUCGAUCUCCAGGUUCGUGACUGUAUUGCUCGCGACGAAUCUUCCACCAACACGUUACAACUGACGGACGAAAUGGGAUGUAUAUUGAAACCUAAAUUAUUCGGUGCAUUCCAAAAGACGAACGAUACCGGAAAUACGGGGGCAUCGAUUAUCGCGUACGCGUACUUUCAAGCUUUUAAAUUCCCCGAUGUGAUGGACCUGCUCAUCGAAUGCAACGUGGAAUUGUGCAAGACCGAUUGCGAACCAUGUUCAAAUACCAAUCAGCAAAUCGAACCGGGUAGACGGCGACGAUCGAUAAUGUCGACAUCGACAAAUGCGACAUCGAACAGUUCGGCCGUGCCACUCUCGGAUCCGAUACGCGUCGCUCGUGGCUUCAAAGUAAUCAUGGUGGAAGACUUGAGCAAAGCUAGCAACCAAGUUUUGGAACAGCUCGAAGAAACUGUCGUUGAGGAAGUUGCAAGAAGCUUGAACGUUUGCAUGACACACAGUGGCUUUUAUACCGCGAUCUCGUUUUUCUUGACUACCAUUCUCGUCACUACUACCAGUGCAGUUACGCUUUACGUCAAGUUACAACGAGUAUACGGAUCGAAAGUCAUCUAUUCGUAGAAAUUUCACUCGGUGUCGACAAAUGAUCACGGCUGAUCGACUGACGUUACGAUCACGACUAUCCGUUAGCGUUCGUAUCUUUCGUUACAAGCUAUCGGCUUCCUAACGUGCCUGUCUUUCGUAUUAGGUUUCAUCUUCAUCGCUCGUAAUCUAGAAUGACAAGCUGCACACAAGAGAGAAUCGAUGACGCGAAAAACACUUUAUGAUCGCAGUAUAGCAUUCUUGCGACAUUUCUCGGGGGGUAACAACCACGUAUUUUCGCUUUAUUUAUGUCGGUUAUAUCACGUAGUUUCGUUUUAAUACUGGUAAUAUCAAUUUCACGUCAUAUUUCUCUUGUGCCGAAGUUUUUAGAUGUCCAACUGCCGUACUUCAACAAAACUAAAAUUAAGUUUUUUAUUUGAAACACGAAGCGACGGCAAAUUUUCAACAUAGUACUUGUAAAUUGUCAAAUGUGCCUGUUAUUUACAACGGUGUUUUGACGAUAAACGCCGUUCGACAAUGGUACGCAAAUACAUAAGUAUAUAUAUAACAAUAACGAGAAAAUCGUCGUACGCUUAUAGUAUUUUUUGUUUGUUUUUAAUGUUUCGCUGAACUGUCGUUUUCCUUCGCAUUGUUAGAGAUACGACCGAUCGUUAACAAGUACAACAAACAUUACGAUUAAGAAUAACUUUACAAUGUGGCAAGUAUAAUAUAUGUAUACAAAUUAUAUGUAGUAACAAAUAAUUCUUUCACUUUAUGUUUACAUCUUUAUCGUCUGUUUACAUUUUAGUUCUUAACCAACGAGUUAUAUUCAUACUUUAUAAAUUUGUACAAAAUUUCAUCAAUCAUGCGUUUUAUGUGUCAUAUAAUUAUCGACCGUAUGAAAUAAAAAAUGGAACAACGAAAAA